ACAACAGAGAUUAACCCAUUCCUUUCAUCAGUGACGCAAAACAAGUACGGCAUACGCUGUGUGUGCAAGCUACUAGGCACUAGGACCAAGACACUAUAGGAACCAAAACACAAGUACGUUAUACGCUGUGUGUGCAAGCUACUAGGCACUAGGACCAAGACACUAGUACGCUAUAUGCUAUGUGUACAAGCUACUAGGAACGCAAAAUACUAUGUGUGCAAGCUACUAGGCACUAGGAAUGAAAACACACAAGUACACUAUGUGUGCAACUAGCUACUAGGCAGCAGGGAUGUCCACAAGUGAAAGAUGUUUCAAGAAAAAAUCAUCCAGUCUUAAACCUCUGUGAAGUGUGAGAUGUAACCGUCCAUCUGGAAUGAGGUAACCGUGACUGAUGAUUAUACAAGUCUGUUGGGAAUGAGGUGAAUCAGUCAAUGAUCGGAAGAUGAAUCUCAUCCUUGUGUGGUCGGCACUGAUUGCUGUGUGCAGUCAGUGUUGCCAUGGAAACCAGGGACUUGCAUCUCACCUGUUGCUGUUGGAUGUACUUCCUCCUGGAAUCUCCUCCAUUCAGGGUGCACCACUGACCAUCAGAACCAACUACAGUGGAACAGUGUUUCUUCAGCAUUCUGAUGAGCUGAAGGUUGUGGUGAACAUAUCUUCUCCAACUCUGCAAGAGGCAUACAGUGUGAAAGUUGAUUUGGCCAACCAUGACAACACACUCCUUGUGCAAGUGUAUGAGAAAAAGCCAUCCAGCCUGGCAUUCAUUGGUCUAAAAUGGCUUAUGGUUGGCAUAGCAAUAGCCACUGUCCUGGUAAUGUUCUGUGCCUCCCUGUACAGUAUGUACUGGUACAAGUCCAAGCGAUCGUUCUACGACCUGGCUGAACGGAAGAGCUGUGCCAGUAGCAGUCAGCACGGCCUGUACCGGUCACGCAACAGUAUGCACCUUGCUGUGCAGCACGGGGACCUGGUGAUGAUGCCAGACCGCGAGGAGGCCGACAACAUCCACAACGAUGACACCCUCAAACAGGUGCCUGAGCUGCCUGAAGAAGAAGAGGCUGAGGCUCUUGAAAUGGAAGAACUGAAAUACAAGACUGCCAAGAAAGAUUUGAAUGAAGAAACAGGAACGGACGUUCCAAGCAUGAACGACAAGAACCUCAUGAAGAGCCGAUGUCACUCCCACAUGAAAACUGUCUACAAAGACUUGCUCAAACACGAGGGUAUCAAGAAGAAGGUUCGGCACCGCAAGACGGCAAACGGGACGUACAACACGGUCAUGGAAUAUCCCGAGGAGUCGGACAACGACUCCUGUGACAGUGUUAAAGACAGCAGUGAUAUGGAUAAUGAAGAUGGUGAUCGAGGAUACCAAUUAGACAAACAGCACACCACCACAACGCAGCUCUCAACAUUUUGUCCACUCGACAAAGAACAUCUGACUUUCCAUCCCAACGGAGUGCCAAGAAAGGACAGUUUUGAGCAGUCUUCUCCACAUUUAGAAUCUUCCAGCAAAGAACUGAAGACUUUUACCAGAGUUGACGAACUGUCAAAUCUAAAGCAAGCAGAGUUUGGUAAACAAGAGCAGGUAACUCCUGCCGAUGAAGGAAUGUAUGAUAUGAACGAUGACAAGAAUUAUUCCCCCUUCUUGGUGCAGGCUGACGUACAUCCAGUAGGACCGGCAUCAGAAAUACUGAAACUGUCACCGGAGAAGUUAAAAAGUCUACAGCAGACUGAGCAUCCUGGUGUUGGUUCCUCAAACACUAAUGCAGUAACUGGCGGCAAGCCGUCAACUCGUAAGGUUGCCUUUCAGGAUGAAACGGACUGCGAGGAACCAAAAUCUGUGGAUGAAGCGUUGGAGAUGUUUGAGGAGAUUUCUCGUAAAUACGAACUUGGGAGUCGUCUCGAGGCGAUAAGAGAGAGUGUUGGUGAAGAUUCUGUCAGUGUGAUCAGUGAAGGUGCCUACUCCCGUUCUAUUUACGGCAGUAGCGAGAUAUUCGACACAAACUCCCGACCUCACGUUUACUUCGACAUCAACGACUCUGAUCUGGAGCUGCCCCCGGAUAACGAUGAUCUUCUCUCGGACUGCAGCAUCCCCAGUCCUCUACCAUUAUCAAUGUCAAGGUCAGCCAAACCAGGAGCACAGCCGCCUUUGAAAGAUUCCAGGAACCGAGAGGCAGAGCCUGUGAGCACCAAACCACAUGUGUUACCUUCUGGUCCGGUUUUCAGCACCUUCGGGGUGUAUGCUCCAAAACCUUACAAUGGCGACAGGAUUGUGAAGCCUGGUGAAGUGUCCAGCCCAGCUACCCCUUCAGUUCAAACACAGAAUCACUCAGCCAAGUCUGACGUGAGGAAGGUUUCCCCACCACUACCUCCUCCCCCCGAAGAGUUCAGACAACCAAGUGAUGCUGAUUCCUCCUUUGAUUUCCCUCCACCACCCAAGGUGUUUUCAAAAAGUGGAGAGUAUGUAGAGUUUGAGAAAAAGUCUACAAAGAAUGGGCCAGUUGCAGAGACUAAGAUGAUGGGACCCAAGCUUUCAGGACGAGGAUACGUAGCUGGAUCAAAGUACCUCAAUUUGUCAAUUCUGUCAGUGGCGUGCAUUCUGGGUAUAAUUAGUGGUGUGUACUGCCAGCAGCCAACCAGUCAGACGACAGUUUACAUCACAGUAUACGCUCCCAAUGUUUUUUUGGCCAAUGAGACGGUAGUUUACAUGAACCAAGCUGCAAAAGGAAGAGUUCUUCAUGAAGAAGAUAUUAAAGUGAAGAGAUACGAUGUUGAAGAACCCAUUCUUCGUAGUCUGAAACGACGACAUCACUGUGUCAAACACAAGUGUGAACAGGGCUGUGACUAUAACACUGGCAAGUGCAUCUGUCUCCAUGGUUACCGGACCAAGUCCAAUGGCACGUGUGAAGAUAUUAAUGAGUGUAUGGAGGGUGGGACAUCAUGCCACUCGGCGGCGGGCUGUCUCAACCGCCGAGGCUCAUAUGACUGUAUUUGUAGUGGAGAUUACUAUGGUAACGGCAAGUCCUGUCAGGCAUGUGCUGCUCCCUGUGAAUCUGGCACAUAUGAAGUUCAGCCAUGUUCGGUUGAUAAACAGAAGAUAUGUCGAGAAUGUACAAAGUCCUGUCCAGCUGGGGAGUUCAUGUUACGACCAUGUGAAACUAACAGGAAUGCUGUGUGUAGAACCUGCCCCCAGCUUUGUCCUGCAGGAGAAUUUGAAUAUAGGAAGUGUAUUGGGGAUGACACUCGACAAUGCAAGAGUUUGUCAGAUUUGCCUAGACCAACAUCAUCAAAGAAUAUCAUAAUUGAAGAUGAACAAAACGUCACGGAUCAACACUUCCAUACUAAAUUUAUACCAUCCAAAUUUCCUGGUUUAAUGACUUUCAAAUUUGACAGGGGUGAGUUUCUGUCUGUGGAUGUCACGGUCAAGAACCUACAAGCUGGCCUGCUCUUUGUCCCAAUCAACUCAUCAAAUGGUGGCCCAUUCUCUGCCGUACACCAGUCCGGACACACAGCCCGGUUCUGCCCCAACUCGGUACCAGAACACUACAUCCUCCAUUACAACAAACUAAAUAAAAUAACAUUCACUGUCGCCAACGAUGGGACACUGAAACCGUGCGAAUCUCACAGCGGCAGCAAGGUGGGCAACUUCCCGGCGACCGCUGGGGUGGCCGACACAUUCCUGUAUGCAGAGCCGGCCCCAAUGACCAACCUAUUUGAGAUCCAGCCGGACUUCUUCCACGCAUCGUCUGUGUGGGUGGAGCGGUCGAACCGGUGCGCCAACCACAGUGGGCGCUGUGAGGAAUGCUCACGGUCCUGUGCACGUCGCAUGUCCCAGAGCAGCAGCCAGUGCUCAGUGCUCGGCAACGAGAGCGACAACGGCUUCUCUCCUCGACUCCGUGUCUGCUACUCCUGUUGUAGCAGACGCGAGUGCUCUGACGUCUGCAAGGACUAUCACAAGCGCCAUUGUCAGCCAAAAAAGUGUCUACAGGGUAGCUGGGUUCAGCUGCGCGUUCAGCCACGUUGGGACAGCAGCAAGUUGAAUCACUUCUACUGUCACAUCCAGCCAGUCACAGAACAGCUCCUCGUUACCCUUGACUACCGCAUCACUUAUCAGGGGAGACCAUUCCACCGAGAACAGCUCCAACUCUUCAGCAACCAGGAAUGGAGACAAACUGGUAGAAUGAUUCACAGGCUCAACCUUUUGUUGGUGAAUGUUGAUUCUAAACUUCCCUCGAUGCCCGACUUCUUGGAAGGAGAUCUCUCACGUGGGUUCGGACUUUUCAAGGUCGGCAAAUACAACAAUGAAGGUCACCCUGUCAAAUCUUCGGUGGUCAGUGGCGAGUCUGUGCUCAUCCGACCAAUCAAACCUUUUGGAGAAAAUAAUUCAAAAUUAUCAAGUCCUGCCUCAACUGUGAUGGAGUACUCUGUGAUUGCGACGGAGCAAGACGGACCAUACCGAUCGAACACGGACAUGUUUGUGGUCACCUACGGCAACGAUACCUUCCCCUACCAGGUGACCCACCGGAAUGAGGCUCCCACCCUCCAGGUCACACUACCGCGUGACGUGUCCGUUCUAGAACAGGUCUUUCCAUUGGUCGCCUUACAGCACAAGACACUGAAUGGAAACAUUUCUAACAAUGGCUCCCUUUGGCUGGUGGACGUCAUGGGCAGAACCAAAUCUUGCCCUGGAUUGCUCAAAGUAGAGGUUACUCAUCCAGACUAUCCCAGCAUGCCUCUGUUUAAAUUCAAGAUGGCCAUCAGGUGUCCUCGAAAGUUCCACCUAUAUUUCGAAAUACCGACAGCAGAUGAUCCCUUGCUGGAAAAGGAAAUGGUGAUCAGCUUUGUAGACAAUACUACCAGGCACGUGCUCAGAAUUCUGAAACCAGCACCAGCCAACUCUGAGAUGGAGCUAAAUGAACAUCAGCUUCCCAUUGAUGAUGGUUCAGUUUCCGGCCUGCCUCUGAGAGUAGGCGGAGCUAGUUCAUCUGGAUUGACAGGUGUCAUCUUCUCCAUCCCGUACCUGGCAUCUGUCUGUGGAGCGGUCGUCUUGCUGCUGGUUCUCGCUGCCUUUGGUCUGGCCCUGGCUCCAGAUCUUCCAGGACCAGAAUCGCCCAAUGUUCGCCUGUCUUACAUCGUCAUGAUGAUCAGCUACGUGACUAUCAACUUCCUGUACAGUGUCAUCAUCACCAUGACGAUAUUCACUGCGGUCCUUGUCACUUUCAACAGUGACAAUGCUUCGUUCAUCUCGCAAUACAAGAAGCAUACUGCGGCGAGAUCGGCGGCCCACCAUCUCGAGUUGAACAGCAUGUGGCAUCACAUGUUGAUGGAGCUCCAACGACAGAGAACGUUGGCCAACGUGACUAAAGUCCGAUGUGAGCAGAGCGUAAGACCAGUGAUCAGUGAUAUAAAACAGCUGCAGGAAGAUUUGCUGGCACAGACCGAGGAUCUGGUUGGGAAGGAAAACAUCAAGUCUGUUCUACAGAGUCACGCACAGGAAGCUUUGAUGAGACUGUCUCAGGAUCUCUACUCCUUUAGAGAUAAUUUCAACCGGUAUGUAGAGCACCUGUUAUCUCAGCUGUCACAUGAUGUGGAGAUGACGUUGAAGGAGGUAGAAAACAACAAAUGGCUGGCGGGGGCACGCUUUCUUCACGGCGCCGUCAUCAACAUCCGCAAACACCUCAACAACGUCUCGUCCAAGAAGUUCAUCGACUGGGCACACUUAACACAUGACUUGUCAAAACUUAAUGUGGAUGCCUCCAUCCCGCUACCCAGUAUUCCCCACUUCGACGGCAUCCCAGACCCGACCCCUGAACCGAACGGCAAGACAAGAAUAGUGCGAACUCUUGACGAAACGGCCGACCAUGUCCGCGAAGUGCGGGUUCACAACCACUGGUUCUUCCCGUUCUCCGAGUCUCAGCUCCACCAGGGUCAGGUCAGUCGGGCUGCAAAGAUGAGGAGCAGCGUCUCUACACCCAGUCGUUCGGCCACCGCGUUCUACGUCAUACUUGGUCUCAUGGUGGCCGUGGAUAUUUUGCUGUUUGCUCACCGCAUGGCCAAGACGAUAUCGUUUGCCAAGCUUCUGCUGUACGGUUAUCCAGAAUAUGUGGAUUAUAAGGAGACAGGUGAUGAUGAAGGAGAUGAUGAUGUAUUCCACGAUAAAACAGAACAGUCUUCAACAGUGUGUUCCAGCAUCCGUCUCGGCUUGAAGAAGUUCUGUAUUCAGGUGGUCCAGACUCUGUUCAUUCCGAAGGCCGUUGUCACAGUGGUUGUGUGUCUUCUCGUGUACGCCGGCGUCCGGCUGUCGGGUGUGGUGCUCAACAAACAAACCUUCCACAGGCUCGGACUGCAUUACGACAUGAAUGGGUUCCUAGACCUGCAAGCGGAACUGAUGAACGUCCGACUGGUAUCGCACGCGGAGCAGAUCAACAAUGUGGAGAUGCCGCUCUACCAGAGCUGGAUGGCGGCAUUCAUCGAGCGCCAUGAGAGGGCGCUGCAUCUGCACCAGCAACAGCUGCGUACGCUGCAGUUUGUGCACAAUGAGACGUACUGCAGCUACCUCGGCAGCCUUGGCAUCGACAUGAACUGCACUGCAGAGGGCAGCGGGCAACACCGUGAAUACCACAUUUCAGCCACUGGCUGUCAGCUCUCUCCAGUGUGGCCCAAGUUUUACAAGAGGAAGGAGAGUCCAGACAUAGGGGACAGCCAGCUCCAGGCGUUACUCUCUGCCACUCGACACAUCGUCAUGGAUACCGCACAGGUCAUUGUCGUGUUCCUGUCCAUCAUCGUUCUCAAGGAAUUAUUUGGAUCAGUCUUGUGGAUCUAUAUCAGAAGAUCUGGAUUUGUGAGAUUAAGAAUUAUUUUUGAAACCAGCGAAGAUCAGACUGUGAAGGACACGUGAAAGCCGGCUAGAGACGCAAGUGUUACAAUAAAGACAAAUUCACAUACUGGAAGAAAAGAAAGACAUGUUUCAUUAAGACAUCUCAAACGUAUUGGAAAUCACAGUGAUGAAUAGGACUCAUGUCGUGAUUCAGUAACUGACGUGGAAUAUAUAUAUAUAUAUAUAUAUAUAUAUAUAUGUAUGUAUGUAUGUCAUCACUUACGUGAAAUAUGUCACUUUUGGUGUAAUAUAUACAGAUGAAUUAAAUUUGUCAUCAUCAAUGUGAAAUAUAUACAUAUGUCAUUACUGAUGUGAAAUACACAUGUAUGUUAAUUAAUUCCGGGUUUCUGCCAGAGGGUAAAACGGGUAUGGCGCCAUGCCCAAAAAUAUUAUCAGAUUUUUUUUUUAACCCUAACCGUAACCAAUUUUCUUUCUGGGGAGGUUCCCCGUACUGUGGCUGCAUUCACUUCCAUACCGCUAUACCCAAAAAUGUCUUUGUGGCAGAAACACUGGUCAUCAAUGAUGUGAAAUAUACAUGUCUGACAUUACUGAUGUAAAAUAUACAUAUAUGUCAUCACCUAUCUGAAAUAUACAUAUUGUGUCAUUACUAAUGUGAAAAAUAUGUGUAUAUCAUCAGUGAUGUGAAAUAUACAUGUAUGUCAUCAAUGAUGAGAAAUAUACAUGUAUGUCAUCACUGAUGUGAAAUAUACAUGUAUGUCAUCACUGAUGUGAAAUAUGCAUGUAUAUCAUUACUGAUGUGAAAUAU